GCCAAUAGAAAGUAUUUGAAAGUAAACACAUCUCACUUUGGUGUUGCUAUUAUCCAACUCUGGGCCAGCAAACGAGACCGCAGAACUGGGGCACUAUUACCAGGGCUAUAAAAUCUGGCAGCGCUCUGUUGUUAUUAUCUACUGGUCAUGAAUCGUGGACCUACGCAUUAAACGAAAUGGACGUAACCAGUGGGCUGAUAGCCCUCUUGGUCAUCUUACUGCUUCUAUUUGCUUUUGUCCACUAUAUGACUUCAUCCCAUGGCACGUUCCAGAAGCUAGGAAUUGACAUUCCUCCAAAGUCUCCGGUGUUGGGUCACUUUGGCCAUGCCUUAAAGUAUGGCGUUUUUGAUGUCCAGACAGUCUUUUACAAAAAAUUCAAAGACAAAAAGGUGUAUGGUUGGUAUGACACCAGGACGCCUGUACUCGUGGUCAGAGACCUGGACAUGAUCAAAGACAUCUUGGUCAAACACUUCAAUUCUUUUGUCGACCGACGUGUUGUUAUGGAGCAUGACGUUCCAUUCAGAGACAACUUACUGACCCUGCGAGGUGACCGCUGGAAACAAGUCAGAGCCAGCGUGAGUCCGACCUUUAGCUCAGGGCGAAUCAAGAAAAUGUCACCGCACAUUGAGAGAAAUGCCAAAAUCUUACUGGAAAAUUUGAAGGAGAAGCAGGAGAGUGGCCAGGAAGUCGAACUCAAAGAAAUUUGCGAAUUUUUUACUUUGGAUACUAUAGCCAGUAUUGCUUUUGGAAUUGACUUAAAUACACUAAAAAACCCAGAAAACAAAUUUGCCCAGGAGAUCAAGAAAAUCACUAACCCAAAUCCACUUCUAUUAGCUAUUGUAUUUUUGUUCCCCUUUCUGGGCCCGUGGUUCACAAGAAUCGGCCUUCCCUUUUUCCCUAAAAAGAGUAUGAAUUAUUUGGCCAGUGCUGUGGAUUCAGUUAUGGCCGAAAGAAAAAGAGAAGGAACGGAAGGAACUGUAAAUGACUUUCUAGAUUUGGUCACAUCUGAAGCUAAAGAGCAAGGAGUUAAAGAAAGAUUAUCACUCUCUGAAAUCCACGCCCAGUCCAUUAUCUUCAUCUUUGGUGGUCUGGAGACGGUAUCCACUGUCAUGUCCUUCACCUUGUUCCUACUAGCAGUACACCCAGAAUGCCUUGAGCGUGCUCAAAAGGAAGUGGAUGAAAAAAUUGGCAAAGACUUUCCAUGUUCUAAGAAUGUUCAGAAUCUUCACUACCUGGACAUGUGUAUCAACGAAGCCAUUCGUAUGGUUCCUCCUGCCUUUUUCCUAGACCGCCAAUGCGUCGAAUCUAUAGAUAUAAAUGGUGUACACAUCCCUAAAGGUAUGGUGGUGCUGCUACCUGUCUAUGCCAUCCACAAUGAUCCUACUUUUUGGCCAGAGCCAGAAAAAUUUGAUCCUGAAAGAUUUACCCCUGAAAACAAAGAAACUCGUCAUCCUUAUGCUUUUUUUCCUUUCGGACAUGGCCCAAGAAAUUGUAUUGGAAUGAGGCUGGCUCUCGUGGAGCUGAAGAUUGCAAUAGCGGCAGUGCUGCAGAGAUAUACACUUGUGCCAUGUAGCAAAACAGUGUACCCAUUUCAUUUGAGCAAAAUACGAGCCAGGACUACAGACGGAGCCUGGGUGAAAAUUAAUCCAAGAAAAUAGCAAACAAAUAUCAUAGUAAUAUGGCCUUAUUGAAAAAAAUAACACACGUAGGCCUACUUAUUUCCCCAUCAUUUUAAAUACAAUUAAGAUAUAGACCACGCUUGUCUCUAUUCAAAAUGUUAAUCAUCAAAUUUAUAUUUAUUCUUCAAAGUUGAUUAACAAUGGGGUAUUUUUUAUGAAGAACAUACAAUAGCACUCGGAAUUUGUAUUGAACUAUGUAAGCAUUACAGCAAAGGUUUAUAUUUAAACACCAGUAUUUUGAUGCAUUACUUCCCUUGCUGGAUUAUUGGUCAAGAACACUAACAAGUUUUAAGUUAAGAAUUAUGUUCAUAUUUUUAUUUAGUGCAUGGUUAUUUACAAGACAUAUAUCAUAAUAGCAAUAAUUCUUAGUAGUCUUGGAGCAUAUAUACAGAGACUUCUUAGCAAUAAGGUUAAAUUUUGUAUUUAAACAUUUGUAAGUAAAGUUUAGAUUUGUGAAAUUGAUCUAUCCUGUACUUGUCAUCAUAUUAAUCUGCUUGUUUUUGGGAAGACUUGAUGGCAGAGCGGUACAGUAUAUCCCAGUGAAGACUUGACUUUUCGAUUUCUGCAUGUUUAGGACAUGCCUGAGACCAAACAACCUUAACGGGUACCUGACAUUACUUUAGGAAAGUAAAAGCGGUUGGUCAUGUGCUUGCCACAUGACACUCUCAUUAACAUGACAUUUACAACAUCUGCCCUAUAGGUUGCAAGGUCUGAAAGAGGACUUUCAUUAACUUUUCCAUAUUUCUGGAAGUUUAUCUGAAAGCAAUUAACUCAAACAAACCAAAAAAAAAAGUUCUCAUUAAAAAAAAAGGAAUAAAAAAAAAAAAGUUCCCCUUUCAGACCUUGUGGUCUAUAGGGCAGAUGAUGUAAAGGUCAUCUGUUUCCUUGGCCUACGGUUAACGAGGGUGUCAUGUGGCCAGCACAACGACCAACCGCCUUUACUUUUCCCCCAACUAAUGUCAGGUACCCAUUUAGAGCUGGGUGGACUCAGAGGCGCCCGAAGAUCCCGAAAAUGAAAAUCCCAGGAGUGGGGAGCUUAAAAAUGUUUAGUAAUUAAAUUUUGUGUUUUAAUUUUUUUUUCUUUCAAUAAAACAUUAUCUUAUAUAAUACAGACGUUACUUCAAAAAAGAAGAUGAUUACGUCCUACGCGUCAUGCAUUUAGUCAUACAUAUUAACCAAUGACUUAAAUUCUGCCAAGUCACUGGUUUUCCUGGCUAGCUCAGGCAACCCAUUCCAUGCUCUAAUAGCACUAGGGAAGAAGGAGCAUUUGUACAAAUUUGUCCUAGCAUUUGGUACGAGGAAUGUGCCUUUAUACAAAUAAGACAAUACCACAUAAACUUGCUGUACAGCUGUGGAUGUUAAACCCGACAUGCCAACAAGAAAUGUCAAAUGUUUCUAUUACAAGAAUUAAUAGCACAAAUCUGUAUGCAUCAAACUCUAUAGGACAAGAUUCUUAACUUAUGAAUUACAGACAUCCUUUGAACCGAAAGAAGAUUCUUAUCCAUGUGUUAAUCUAGUCCUGCAUGCUAAUAACAAACUUAAUCACUGCUUUUGUCAUUCGUUUUCCUGCAUGUUUCAGGACAACUUAUUCCAUGCUCUAAUGGCACUAGAAAAGAAAGAGCACUUAUACAAAUUUGUCCUAGCCUAUGGAAUAGUGCGUUUAUGUUUGUGUCUUCCUGAGUAUCUUAUUAUGUUUUGUAUUAGUAAAUUAUGGUUAUUUAUUGUUUUAUGUAUUAUUGAUAUUUAUGUUUUAUGUAUUAUUGAUAUUUUACUUUGAAAAAAAAAAAAAAAGGUUGAAACUACUAUUAUAAUAACAAUCUGUGAAUCACAGACGUGUUUGACCAACAGAAAUAUUGUUUGAUAUUUUUACAUGUACAAAAAAAGCUUGCCUGUUCUGUAAAAAAUAUGAAAUAAAAACUAUAAAAUGCU